AUGUCAUUAAUGAGGAGGCCCCAAGAGGUGACAACAAUUGACCAAGAAAUAAAAGAAAAACAAAAUUUAUUUCAAUUGAAUUAUAAGGAAAUAACCAAAGAAGUUUCAACUGUCAAAGAAAAAGAAACUGGAAAAAUACAAGGAAUUAGUAUUGAAAUUGAAAAGGUUGAAGUAAUUACAACAAAUUUCAACAAUAACAAUAACAACAGUAAUGAUACUCCUAACACUAACCCUACUGCCACAUCAUUACACAACACUCCUGUAAUAACUAAUGCAGCAAGUAAAACUUCAUUGACAUCUUCUGCAUCAUCAUCAUCUUCCAUGAUUGCUGGUGAAGGAAUAACUGUCACCAGUAUUUAUCAUCAACCAACUCCUCAAUCAUCAUUUAAAAUUCUCAAGAAGAUUAAUGAAGCAAUAUCAAAUGAUUUAACUGUGUUAGCACUUAGAGUAGAUUGGGAAUGUGAAUUUGCUAAAGCUUUAAAUACAUGGAAUAUAUUGAUAAACAGCAUCAAAGAUUUUAUUAUAAACAGAGGUAGAUGGAAACAACCAAUUGGUAUAAGAGAUGAUGAUGGAUGGUUCAUUAAUGCUAAUAAACCAAACCAGAAAGAUGUGUUAAUUGAAUUAGAAUCAAUAAAUCAGCAUAAAUGUUUUGCAGCAACAUUAAGAAAUUUUAGAGUAUACUCAAGUGGUCUCAUAGAAAAGAAAUUCAUAGUAAGAGUUGAGGAAUUUAAUAAACAUAUUGAACAAGCUUGGAGUAAUAUUGGAGAAAAAGUCAUCUACCCAGAUCACUCAGAUCAUGAUCAAAAUGAAAAUCAUUUGGUCAAGAAAGGUGUUUAUGCUUAUCAUCGUAAAAUGGAAGACUUGAAGUUCAAAGUCAACAAAGCAAUGAAAGAUUAUCAAGAUGCUCUUAGACUACUUGAGAAGGAAUUACAGCAAAAAUCAGAUGACUUGUUUAAUGACACUUUUAAUCAGAACAAAAGGCCUAUACUGAUGUCUAUGAGCGAGUUAAGAAUUUAG